UCACCAAAUCUGGCAGUAAAAUACGGUAUAUAUAUAUAGAAUUUAGUAUAAAUAACAAUAAAAGCCACUGUCUUUUUGAAUGUAUUGUUGGUUUGUAUUAAAAAUUAUGAAUUAAAAUGAUGGAAAACGGCAAUGAAGUACAAGGGCAACUGAACUGUGUCUCCUGCUGGUGCUUGACGGAAUAAAACAGAGACCUGACAUCAUCUACUUUCACUCUUCAAACACUGAUACAAGUUCGAUGUACUGUUUUAAAAUAACCCCUGUACACCAGCGACAGUAGGUUCUAGUAGAAUCAUUAAAUCGCGUUCUGAUUGGUCGCGCGUCAAAUGUGUCGCGGUCCCUUUAAAUGUGACUCCAUCUUUCAGUGAAUUCUGAUCAGUUCCUGAACGCUCAGAAUCUACUCCGAGUUUAUCAACGAGUUCAAUCUGGAUUAACGGGAGAACUCGAUCAGUUAUUCCGCUGACAUUAAACAACUAAACUACCCAUCAUUAGACGGUCAUUACCACUGAUUAUCAUCAUCUUUUCAUCAGCAGCAGAGUUUGGAUAAAAGCGGAUCAUAAUCUACAGACAUGUCGAACGGACGGUCGGCAGCAUGUCGGACUCCAGCGCAGCUUCAGCACAGACCCAAAGCAAAACUAAACCCUGCAAGAGAGGCAGUUUACACAGCAGGACCAGCCCGGAUCUGUGCGGCUUCGCUGACGCGAGGCCUUUGAUGUCCCAGCGCUCUCUGCCCGGCACACCAGUCACCCACAAACACCUGCCUAUCGACCUGCGCACAUCCAUGGACGGCAAAUACAAGGAGAUCGCUGAGGAGCUGCUGGCGAGGAGUCUAACGGACAGCGACAUGCGUUGUGCUCCGUACGAGUUUCCUGAAGAGAGUCCUAUUGAACAGCUGGAGGAGAAACGCCACCGUCUGGAGCGACAGAUCAGUCAAGACGUCAAGCUUGAGCCUGAGAUUCUGCUGCGGGCGAAACAAGACUUCAUGAAAAUAGACAGCGCCACAGACCUGGAGUAUCUGAAGGACAGUCAUGUGGACCAGCUGUACAUGCAUCAUAUGGAGACACUUGUGGAGAAAAACUUCCAGCGCGUGUCCAUCUCAGGAGAGGAGAAGUGUGGGGUGCCCUUCACGGAUCUGGUGGACGCAGCGAAGUGUGUCGUGAAGGCCUUGUUCAUCAGAGAGAAGUACAUGGUUCAGUCUCUGCAGACCUUCUAUAAAACCACGGGACGAUCCCUGCAGGAGCUGAGCCAGAGACCGCUGGACGACGACAUGUACAAGGACCUUCACGAGAGUCCCGGAGACUCAGACAUGUCCGUUCACGCGCCGGUGUCAGAAACACACCCAUACGAGGGACAGGACAUGAAGAACCUGCCACCGGACGCAGGAUACAGCUGCAAGAUGGUGGACGGGGUCAUUCACGUCUACACCGCACAAAGCCCCAUGGACAAGAGCACCGAGCUGGACCUGCCGUAUCCAGACCUGCAGGAGUACAUCGCCGACAUGAACGUGAUGAUGGCGCUCAUCAUCAACGGCCCUGUGAAGUCGUUCUGUUACCGGCGGCUGCAGUAUCUGAGCUCUAAGUUUCAGAUGCACGUCCUGCUGAACGAGAUGAAGGAGCUCGCCGCGCAGAAGAAGGUGCCGCACAGAGACUUCUACAACAUACGCAAGGUGGACACGCACAUCCACGCCUCGUCCUGCAUGAACCAGAAGCACCUGCUGCGCUUCAUCAAGAGUUCGGUGAAGAAGUACCCGGACGAGAUCGUGCGCGUGCAGGACGGCCGAGGACAGACCAUGAUGGAGGUGUUCGAGAACAUGAACCUGACGGCGUACGACCUGAGCGUGGACACGCUGGAGAUGCACGCGGACAGGAACACCUUCCACCGCUUCGACAAGUUCAACUCUAAAUACAACCCCAUCGGAGAGUCCAUCUUCAGAGAGAUCUUCAUCAAGACGGACAACCACAUCCAGGGGAAGUACUUCGGACACAUCGUCAAGGAAGUGAUGUCAGACCUGGAGGAGAGCAAGUAUCAGAACGCUGAGCUGCGUCUGUCCAUCUACGGCCGAUCCAUGGACGAGUGGGACAAACUGGCGCUGUGGGCCGUCUCUCACUCCGUCUACUCCGACAACGUGCGCUGGCUCGUGCAGAUCCCACGACUCUUUGAUGUUUACCGCACUAAGCAGCAUCUGAGUAACUUCCAGCAGAUGCUGGAGAACAUCUUCCUGCCGCUGUUCGAGGUCACCAUCAAUCCCAGCAGCCACCCGCAGCUGCACCUGUUCCUGCAGCACGUGGUGGGAUUCGACAGCGUGGACGACGAGUCCAAACCGGAGAGUCACGUCUUCAACCUGGACAGUCCGUCUCCGGCGCGCUGGUGUGACGACGACAACCCGCCGUACUCGUACUACCUGUACUACAUGUACGUCAACAUGACCGUGCUCAACCACCUGCGCAGGAGGCGGGGCUUCAACACCUUCGUGCUGCGACCUCACUGUGGGGAGGCAGGGCCUAUCCAUCACCUGGUGUCUGGAUUCAUGCUGUCAGAAAACAUCUCGCACGGACUGCUGCUCAGGAAGGCUCCGGUCCUGCAGUAUCUGUAUUAUCUGGCUCAGGUGGGCAUCGCCAUGUCUCCGCUCAGCAACAACAGUCUGUUUCUGAGUUAUCAUCGCAACCCUCUGCCCGAGUAUCUGUCCCGCGGCUUGAUGGUGUCGCUGUCCACCGACGACCCGCUGCAGUUCCACUUCACUAAGGAGCCUCUGAUGGAGGAGUACAGCAUCGCCGCUCAGGUGUGGAAACUGAGCUCAUGUGACAUGUGUGAACUCGCCAGAAACAGUGUGUUAAUGAGCGGCUUCUCACACAAGAGUAAGAGUCAUUGGCUGGGUCCUGAUUACACUAAAGAGGGUCCCGUCAGUAAUGACAUCUGGCGCACAAACGUCCCAGACAUCCGUGUGGGGUAUCGAUACGAGACUCUGUGUGAAGAGCUGCACCUGAUCACGCAGGCCAUCCGAACACAGGAGCUGGACAGAAUCGAGGAGGAGGAGGGGCUGUCAUUCACGUCCAGCCAAUCAACAAACUAGAGAUGAGCCCUGACCCCACCCACACACCACCUGUCCAAUCAACACACUCAAGAUCUGAUCUGACCCCACCCACACACCACCUGUCCAAUCAACACGCUUGAGAUCUGAUCCGACCCGCCUACAUUCCACUUGUCCAAUCAACACCAUGAGAUCUUAUCUGACCCCACCCACACACCACCUGUCCAAUCAACACGCUUGAGAUCUGAUCUGACCCGCCUACAUUCCACUUGUCCAAUCAACAGGCUUGAGAUCUAAUCUGACCCCACCCACACACCACCUGUCCAAUCAACACCCUCGAGAUCUGAUCUGACCCGCCUACAUUCAUGAGAUCUGAUCUGACCCCACCCACACACCACCUGUCUCAUCAACAUGCUCGAGAUCUGAUCUGACCCGCCUACAUUCCACUUGUCCAAUCAAAACGCUUAAGAUGUGGUCUGACCCCGCCCACAUGUCAUCUGUCCAAUCAACACGCUUGAGAUCUGAUUUGACCCUGCCCACACACCACCUGUUGAAUCCACACACUCAAGAUCUGAUCUGACCCCGCCCACACACCACCUGCCCAAUCAACACGCUUGAGAUCUGAUCUGACCCGCCUACAUUCCACUUGUCCAAUCAACAGGCUUGAGAUCUAAUCUGACCCCACCCACACACCACCUGUCCAAUCAACACCCUCGAGAUCUGAUCUGACCCGCCUACAUUCAUGAGAUCUGAUCUGACCCCACCCACACACCACCUGUCUCAUCAACAUGCUCGAGAUCUGAUCUGACCCGCCUACAUUCCACUUGUCCAAUCAAAACGCUUAAGAUGUGGUCUGACCCCGCCCACAUGUCAUCUGUCCAAUCAACACGCUUGAGAUCUGAUUUGACCCCGCCCACACACCACCUGUCCAAUCAACACGCUUGAGAUCUGAUCUGACCCCACCCACACACCACCUGUUGAAUCCACACACUCAAGAUCUGAUCUGACCCCGCCCACACACCACCUGCCCAAUCAACACGCUUGAGAUCUGAUCUGACCCCACCCACACACCACCUGCCCAAUCAACACGCUUGAGAUCUGAUCUGACCCCACCCACACACCACCUGUCCAAUCAACACGCUUGAGAUCUGAUCUGACCUGCCUACAUCUCACUUGUCCAAUCAAAUCGCUCAAGAUGUGAUCUGACCCCGCCCACAUAUCUCCUAUUCAAUCAGCAAGCUCAAGAUUAGAUCUGACCC